AUGGGAGCGAAUGAAAGCAGGGAAGGGUCUGGAAACAAUGAGGAAAAUGGUGGUGACUUGCGUAACGACAAGGCCGACUUGUCCACUGGUGCAAUUGCAGCUGGCGCUGUGGCAGGAGCGGCUCUGCUGGCCUAUGGUUUAUCCCGUCUGGUUUCAGGUUCAGGUUCAGAAUCAGAACCAAAGCAGAAGGGGAAGACGAUGAAAGCUCCGGGCCGAGGAGGCGAGCAAAUCUUAAGGGAUGAUUUUGCGCGUGACCCUAAAGCUUAUUUCAAAGACCUCCACCGCAAGUAG